CGGGGAUUGAAAUAACUCACGGUUGGCAAGCAUCAGCAUCAGCAACAUUGAUUAUGAGCAUAACCAUUGGACGCCUGCUAUCGCUGGUUGGCAUCACGUUCCUUAUACACUCGGCAUACUCUACAUAUCAGCAUUUGUCUUAUUUGAAUGCCGUCGACAAAGCUGAAUCAGGAUUACCAAUAGAGAUCAUAGCCGAGUGCCUGAUUUCCGUCGUCGUGUCUCUGGUUGGUGUCGUUCUUUGCGCUGGUGAUCUCAAGAACAUCUUGAUGGAGAAUGAGAUGAGGAAACAAACCAUUGACAAACUUGAUACCGCGCCAUCCUUCAUCACCUUUAACCACCGUGGUCGCCGAGCCGUGUCUGCGCAUUCUCUUUUACAAAGACGCAGCCACAUGUCGUGAUAUGGUUCGUAAAACCCUUGCAAAACCCUCUUCUACAUUUUCAAGAUUGAAAAAGUUUAUUGUACACAAUAACAUAACCCUGUCAAGAUUAACAGUAUCUAA